AUGCGUUCACGGGUCGUCUAUCAGCGGGGAGGAUAUCGUCUCGUAGCAGUGUGGGUGCAGACAGCGGUAUGUUUAGAUGAGCCGUCGCGAUGCAACGGGUCAACAAUCUAUGUGAAACCACGCGCACGUUUGUCUCGCGAUCUUCUCAGGCGUGAAGAUCUCGGGCACUUCGAUAUUUGGCAAAUAGUUCUGGGGAGACUGGGCGAAGCAAAGAACUCUGGCUGGUGGGACACGAUCACGCUUUAUAUUCCUGGGCUGGACCUCCAACCAUGGGAAAAAGCAACGGUUGUGUGGUGCACGUUUCCCUUGCCAACCAGUGACCGGAGAGGAGGGUCUUGGAACCAGCGACUCUUCGGGAGUGCUAGCAACUUGGCUCCUGAUCUCCAUUCGCCGCUCGAUGUCAUGUCUCUGCUCCUGGUCAGGGCGACUGCUCACAUGGUGCAUGAUGGCAGCAUCUCGUCCUCCGCUGGUCUUGACGUCGAACUUUGCGUUGCCGAUCUUCGGCAUCGUGCUGGAUUGCGGAGGGCCCUGAGCAUCAUCGACGGACCACCCGGGACGCCAAAGAAGAGCGUGGAUUGCGUGUGGCAGUCGGCGCACGGACGGGGGAGAGGAGCCCGCGUGCUGGUCAAGGCGAGGCAGACCCUAGGCUUAUUUCUGGCAAGGUUCAAGCCGCCCAAACACUCCACGAGCCGAAGCGGGGACAACAUGCAAGCGUGUGGUGAACUUGAGGGCUCGCAUCGCCCUGCUCCUCCUGGCAGGUGUGAAGUCCAUGAAUCGUGGUUCGCAUGUCCGUGGUACCGGGUGUACGUCUUCCUCCUACCCGUUCGCAGUACCAAUUGA